GUGACGUCACGCCCCGGGCGGAGUGACCCUCUGGGUCUUUUCGCGGGUUUCCACACUCAGGUUAGAGGAGAGCUGUGUGCUUGGAGGAGGUGCGAACAUGGCGCAGAUGAGAGUCACCGAUUUCUUCGGGCAGCGAAAGCGAGCUGCGGCGGCGGGGCCUCUGGAGACGAAGCGGAGGAAGGUCCAGUCUGUGCAGGAUGGAGCUCCCCGCACCGUAACCCGCAGCAACAAGUUAGAGGAGUUGUUGCGGCCGCCCAGCACCCCGGAGCGGUCUACGCAAGCCGAACCUCCUGCCUCUGUAGUGCCCGGCAGCAAGAAGCGGAGCCGACAGGCCUCAGACCCGGAGGUCACCCGCCCGGAGGUGCAGGGCAAGAGGUCAGCGCGGAAGAAGCUGAAGCUACCGGAAGAGAAGCCCCAGUGUUUGAGCCCAUGCUCCAAAGUGCAAGUCCAGUGUGAGACUUCUCCAUCUCUGGGACAGAAGAUAAAGGACUUUGUCAAUGUGACACUUUCUCCAAAAAGUAGUGUACUGCAGACUGGCCCAGCAGAGGUGCAGGUUCCAUCCAAGGAGAAUCUUGAAUUACAAUCUCGUCUGCAGAGGAUACAGGAGCUGAGUCAGAAGCUAAAAGUUCCUGCUGCCCCCGUCGAAAGUAAAGUUACGAUCACAGACUUGAAAGCAAGGCUCAAAAAAGCUCAAGAACUUGAGUCUAAGAUCAGAGGGAAGAAAACUGUAGAAAAACAGAAGGCUGAGCAGGUAGAGGAGCCAAACAGGGAAAGUGAGAAGGCUCCAGCCUAUGAGCGGUUUCACACACUUGCCCAAGAUGUUCCACCAGGGCUCUCGCUGCCAUUUAGGUACAAAGUGCUUUCAGAAAUGUUCCGCAGCAUGGACACCAUUGUUGGAAUGCUGUUCAACCGCUCAGAGACAAUCACCUUUUCAAAAGUGAAGCAAGGAGUCCAGGACAUGAUGCGCAAGCAGUUUGAGGAACGUAAUGUUGGACAGAUUAAGACUGUCUACCCUACAGCCUACAGAUUCAGACAGGAGAAGAAUAUUCCCACAUUCAAGGAUGGAGUGAAGAAGACAGAUUAUCAUCUUACUGUGGAGCCAAUUGUCCCAGAAGAGGAUAAGCUUGAUGGUCGCCUUCAGCUCACAGCAAGUCGCCUACUGGAACGCAGGAAGCUAUUCCACAGAAGCCUUACCAGUAUUGUGAAGCAACACCACAAAUCUUUUCUGGCGACUUUGACUCCACCGAUGGUGGUGCCUGAUGAUCGGCUAACUCGCUGGCACCCAAGGUUUAAUGUAGAUGAGGUUCCAGACAUAGCGGCAGCAGAACUUCCACAACCACCACAAGUAGACAAGCUGUCCACCGCACAGGAGGUAUUGACUAAAGCAAGAGGCUUGAUGACUCCUAAGAUGGAAAAGGCUCUUGCAAAUUUGGCUUUAAGAACUGCAGAGACUAAUACUGAAGACAAAAAGCCUGGUCCUUCAGAAGAGUCUAAACCUGCCCCGGCUGCAUCCAGUGCCCUAAAAGGAGUAUCCCAAUCCCUACUGGAAAGGAUUCGUGCUAAGGAAGCACAGAAGCUUCAAGCCAUGAUGACCCGCAAACCCCAGCAUGAGGAGCAUCUCCUCAUGAUGUCCAGGCUGCCAGAGCUUGCCCGUAUUCUUCGAAAUGUCUUUGUUUCAGAGAAGAAGCCAGCCCUGACUGUGGAAGUUGUGUGCGACAGAGUAAUCUCCAGUUGCCGAUCAUCAAUGUCUCCAGGAGAGAUGGAGAAGCAUCUGUCAUUACUGGUGGAUCUGCUUCCAGACUGGCUCACAGUUCACCCCGUCAGAAAGGACACUUACUACAAAUUAAACAAGACUAUGGACUUGAAUCUUAUUUUGGAAAGACUGGCAAAGAAAAUGAAGGAAGAGGAGUCGCGCUGACAUGCUAGUUUUAGAUAUUAGGCAAGGUUUUCUUUUUGAGACUUUGUUUAUAGGUUUUUACAAGGAUGCAGUCCUUUUUUAAAUCAAUCGCUUUCCAGUUUGUGUGUGAAACCAUGUUCUGGUGUCUAGACUUCUGGCAUCUUGGUGCUGCUAGUUUUGUGUAAAAUUGCAUUGAAGGGAAUAUUACAGGAAAAUGUAAAAUAAACCUGGAUUUUUUUUUUUACAACAUCAAAAGUUUCACAUGGCAGUGCUGUCAAAAGGACUUAUGACUUUUUUUUGACCAGCCAUGCAACAAUUAGUUUUACGUUGUGUUAAACAGUUUGGCAGGACCUAGGCAGUUUACUAACACUUACACCUAGCCACAGGCGUGAAUGUUGGCAAAAAAUGAAUCCGGUCAGGGGCUGUAGUAUCUUUUGACAGGUGCAUGGACUGCCAUAAUAUUUGGUUAAUUAGGUGAAGAUGAGACUGGUGUAAAAAGCCGGUCUUAAUAAAUGACCCAGUGUUUUUGUUUUUUUAUAUUUACUUUUUAAAAGGCUUUGUCAGGUCAGCAACUGUAGGCACUCCAGCUGUUGUGAAACUACAACUCCUACCAUGCACAGUUACUCAGCUGUUCUCAGAAAUUAGAAUGGUGUGUGCUGGGAGUUGUAGUUUCACAAUAGCAGGUAUGGUGGAGGCAGCGGUCUGCAUUUUCCCCUAGGGCUCAUGCACAUGACUGUAUGCCCUCAGACGUACAGUCCGUGAGUGGGCCAUAUGUCCUGAAGCGGCAUU